GUGCCUUGCAGCGUGGCGUGAUCUACGGCCGCGAUAUUGCGGCAAUCAGCUGUUGCUAUGUGACUUCAAAAUCUUGCUGGCGACGCGAUAUUCGAGACCGCGUGUCGGCCAGUGCGCUCGCUCUGCACCGGGGAGCCGGUCGGGAAAUAGAGAGAAUCGACGUGCCGUGCGUGGAAAAUUGGUAAAGUAGCUGGCGCAGGGGUCACGUAACUCAUGUUACGGGUCUUACAGUUCGCGUUGCCUAAGGUUAUUUGAAUCAUGCCAGCCAUCCUCUGAACAUCGGGCAAGAACAAUCGUCGAGCGCGCCGUAUGAACGCACACCAUCUCCAGCACCUACACCGCGCGUCAUCCUGUUCACGGCCUUCCUCUUCCCAGGCUGUGCAGUGACCGCAUGACGCUGCACCUCGCGCACGAGACAUUCGGAGCACCACGACGGCGGCAUCACGACGGCGGCCACAAUGGCGGUCGAGAGCUGGGACCUGGAUGAUGACUUCCAAGGCGACUUCCAGACCUUUGGCAACGCCAGCGUGGGAACGGGACCUCUCAGUAUGUCGUCGCGAAUGAGCACGCGAUCGGAGUCGGUGGCUGGCGAUGAGGACUGGAACGUGGUCAUCACACCCAACGACGAGCACAGCACGACACAGGCGAUUCAGUCCGCGAAACAGGCAGGCAUACCACUCCCGAACAACGUGCCCGCAAGCGCACUGUUAGGCGGCACGAUAAAGCGAUUGGGCAAGAAGAAGUCGAAACAGAAGAUUGAUCACGACUGGGACAAUGACCUCGAGAUGUCGGACCAGCCGUUGCAGCUGAAGCCGAGGGCAGAUGAUCCAGGUGUCAUGUCGGACGAAGGCUUCGACGAUUUUGAUGACGAGCUUGAGGGAAGCCUAGGGAUUCGCUUUGCUGGAAAGCGUGACACGAGAAAUCGCAGUGGUUCGGCAUCAGUGAUGAGUCCGAGUCUAGGUUCUGCGACCGCAGACAGUGAGGUGGAUGAUCUGGGUGGGCUCGAUUUCCCCGAAGGACCCAUGGACUUCGACGCACUAUUGAAGAAACGACGCGCUGCAGAUGCAGAACUAUCAGACUUGUCGCAGCCAAGCUCUGCGGUAGUAGAGCAGGAGCCUACGAUGACCAAGACGCACAAGAAGUCCAAGCUGGAGUCCGACGACAACGACGACUUCUUUGGGGAUCUGGAUCUGGGUGAUGGCGAGGUGCUCAAUGUACGGAAACGUACCACGAAUCGAAAUGUGCAGGUCAAGUCGGCCAGAGUGCCUCCAGCUGCUCAAAGAGCCGCUACUACUUUGAACUUCCAUGAUCGAGCCACCGACAAGCCCAUAUACACACGAUCGCAUAUCCCGCGGCCCGUCUCUGGCACCAGACACACGUCUCGACUGGAUCCGGUCUUCGAAAGUGGCGAUAUGCAAGGGCUUAAGAAUAGGAGAGGGCCCACCACGACGAGUGCGCAGCUACUUCGUUCCAAGCGGUCUAUGCCCGCUCUGCGCAACCAAUCGAGCCAUGGUUCCUUGUCGAAGCCUUCUGUACCAUUCCUGCCCGCAGGAGUAUCCAAUAUGCAAUCGCCACAUAUCACUACACAUCGAGCAAUGCCGUACCACUUGCGGCGCGACUCUGAUCCGAACAGACCAGGUGCGCAAUCACCACCACCACAGCGACCCAGUUCGAGGCUAUCCAACCAAAUCACGCCGGAUACUCCUUCGCGAGUGGCAAGGCACAGAGAAAACGUAGCGCCCGCCUCGCUGGUUCGGCAAGCAGCUGCUAAGCACACUCUGACGAAGCCGAUCAAGAAGAGGCAUUUUGGCGAUGGCAAUGAGCUUGAGAUCUUUGAUGAUCUACCAACAUCCGUGACCACAGAGAGCAAAUUCAUGAAGCAACCUGUCGGUCGCGGCCCACCUAAGCAGAGCACUUUACGGGCCACCCAAAGUCGUAGCGACCUGACGGAUGCUAGUAAGAGAAACUCUGCAAUCACCAUCGUACCUGACAGAAUGAUGACACCUGCUCCUCGAACGCCGGCGAGUCCCACCAAAGGCUUCUACGAUGCGCCGACGGCCACACCUAGUUACCUUCGUGAUACUGCUGCAAGUAGAAUUGCCAGAGAAACACGCCUCGCAAAUCAGCCGCGACCACGAAGUGAAGGGCCCCUUCAGCCACUGACUACCAACUGGAAAGCUCAAGUGGCAGCAAGAAGUCCAUUCUCAAGCCCAGGUGCACAGAGACAGAAGAGUAUUCGGAGGCCGGGCUUGAUUGCGGGCAUCGGUUCCCACGUAGCCAAGAGCGAAAAGGGUAUGAUAUAUAACCCGCAAACACUACGCUGGGAAGGCAACGAGAACACGUUGCAAGCAUUCGACAUGGCGCCGUUAGAGACACCCACUCCACAACUUCGACCCCGAUCGUCCUAUAUCGGACUAACGCACCAGAGAUCCAACACGUCACCUUCACGACCCGCACUCAUCUCCCACGUACCCACUGGCAGUGGUUUCAACAUUCAAGUGCAGAAUGGAAUGGUGUACGAUCCGCAGCAGAUGAAGUGGUUGAAAGUCAAGGGCGGCCGAGACGUGUCUAACCAAUUGUCUUCUUCUGCAACCGAUGUUGAAGACGAGGAGGACGCAUUUGCCGGUAUCGACGACCUCAAGGACGAAAAUGUUCCUGCAGGCGGGCAGGGUAUUGAUGGCAUGAACCUUGCAGCACCCCCUGCAGAAAACUUCCACGAGGAGUUCGAUAUUGGCCUCCGAUUCAUUGACCUGCAAAGGACAGAGGAAGAAGCGUGGCGCCGAAUCUGUUCAAAUUGGUUCGUGGGCGAUCAGCCACGGCCCGACAAUGGGAUGUGGCGACACAGCAUCAGAGACAUCGUGCCCGCCGACGGCUUCUGAUGAUGACGAUGACAAGACGGCGCUCGCCAGUGUACAUGUUGUUGCUCUUAGAAAUGCAGAUAAUAUCGUCGUCUUAUAGCCUGCAGCAUUUUGGGAUGGGUUUGGAAAGCUGGCGCAGGUGCACAACAAAGUAAUAACGACGAGACGAAGAUAUGAUGGAUAGCUACAUGUACCUUAUCUCUACUACGAUGAGCUGUGUGCUACACUCAGCCUAUAAGCCUAGGAGUUAC